AUGGGCUCCAUUCGCGACUUGCUAAAUCCGCUCCCUGAGGUGACACCAGGACAUUUGGGCUUCAUGAUGCCGGCCCCACGAUCCGCAACUACAAGUCCUCCAUAUUCGGAUCGGCCGAGAAGAUCCAAGGUAGCCAAGGAUGGGGCUGUCUUUCGAGCUGGACCCAUCCAAGGGGAGCUUCGCUAUCCUCCCCACGAAGAACGGACCCCACUCCUGGAAGAAGAACAUCGCAAGGCGGAUCUGAAGCCCUUUGGCAACAUCGCCGACUUCCCUCGCCACAUCCCGUACCAGAGUGACAAGAAGACCUUUCGUGAACGGACUGGACGGGAUAGUUUUCACUUGUUCCAGUAUACCUUCCAGAGAAAGGGCGUGGACGCGGAGCCGUGGACCAUAACUUGGGACUACAAUAUCGGACUGGUCCGUACUACCCAUCUGUUUAAGUGUCUGGGCUAUUCCAAGACCACCCCCGGCAAGGUACUCAACAACAACAAUGGCCUCCGCGAGAUCAGUCAUAGCAUCACUGGAGGAGCGCUUGCGGCUCAAGGCUACUGGAUGCCCUUCGAAGCCGCCAAAGCCAUUGCCGCCACGUUUUGCUGUGAAAUCCGCUACCUCCUGACUCCACUGUUCGGUCUCGACUUCCCUGAGAUGUGCAUUCCCCCAACAGACCGAGUCAACUUUGGUCGUAUGGUCAUCGACCCCGCCAUCGUGAACGAAGCUGCCGAAACCUCGCGGCGCUACCGUCUGCUCGAGCCUCGGAGCUACGACGAGAUGUCCACAACCUCCUUCCCUUCCCAUGCCCUAGGGAAGGAAGUCGACUAUCCGUCCCGAGAUAUACGAGCUCCCCAUAUUCCUAACAAGUAUGCUCGACGCAACUACGCUGAUAGUAUCAGCAGUGCGCGGGGCUCAUCAUCCGAACCCUAUUGUGGCUCGCCUCAAAGUCCCACGCACAGAGGCUUCCUCCCGAUCAAUAGACCUCCCAGCUCGCAUCCGGUGACUCGCACGCCCCAUGAAUCUUUUAAUAAGGCUACCGAGCGCCGGAAGAGAGUCAUGAAGGCUACGGGUGAUGGGAGUGACUCGGAGACUGAAUUCUCGUCGACGUCGCGCUCAGAUCUUCAUCCGAAGCCGGUGUUUCCGAUCCAUUAUCGAGAUGAGCGCGUGUCGGCCGAUGGAGACUCGGAGACAGGUCAAUCUGAACUCACUUCUUCGGAUGAUGAGUCCUUGUCAGAAGAUGAAGGUGACGAGGAGUACCGAGGGCCACGUACACGAGGCCCAUCGAGCAGUGAGAUUGCCUGUGGCAAGACCGGGCUCAAGAAAAACCCCUCGCGCUCUGCCAAAGCGAAGAAUGGUGAGAAAGGCCCUCGUUCCUGCCGGUUCGCCAAAGAAGUCAAGGCUGCCCAUGCCUUGCUCCAUUUACACAUGCAACAGGCUUCGUCUAAGAAUGAAGACGAUGAUGAGAUCAUGGAGGAUGCCAUGCUUGGUCCUCUGUUGGGAUGUUUUGGAUCUGGAGACAAGAAGAGACGUCGUGCUUCUCUGUGA